CAUUCUUUUUCCUUCGAAAAAGAGUCGUUCCUUGAUACCAUGAAUUCUGCGCGCAACACCAACUCUUUUGACGACAAAAUGAACACCUCGGAUCGGUCCGACUCGACCGAUCGCGAGAGACUUCUUGUCGAUGAAGAAGAUGUUCACUGGUCGGGGAAAAAGAGUGUGCGAUCGGGGCCUGGAAGGUGGUUGAACAUCAUUCUCGUCGUUGUCAUUGCCAUAGUGUCGUGUUUGGUCGGUAUCUUCGUCGGCCAUAACCAAGGGGAUUCGGACAAGGCGUGCACGCGGCGCAUCACUCAGCACUCACCCGUGAUAUCCAAUGUUGGGCUCAACUAUCACAAGCAACAGUUCAACGGGUCGCUCCUCAAAGAGAACAUCUUCCGACAAGAUGCCAGCCCAGAAGUAGAUGCAGCAUGGGAGUCUCUCGGUGCCAACUACCGAUCCAUUCGCGUCCCUGCCGAAGAAGCCGAGAAAUCAGGACUCGCUCCCGACCAGGUUAAGAUCAACGAGAAGUACGGAGGUGGAUAUCCUGCCAAUGUGGAGGGAUUCCACCAUCUGCACUGCUUGAAUCUCCUACGCCAAUCCCUUUAUUACAAUUACGACUACUACCAUGACCUUGGCAAAGGCGCCUUCACCAACAAUGACUACGUUGUCCGUCGCCACGUCACUCAUUGUCUCGAUAUCAUCCGUCAGCAGCUGAUGUGCACCGUGGACGUGGGAGUCCUGGGUCAAGUUUGGGUCCACCCCGACCACCCUGAGCCCUUUGUCGACUUCAACACUGAGCACAAGUGCCGCAACUUUGAGGAGAUCCGCGAAUGGGCGGAGCGAAACCAGCUUCCGGAGACUGUUCCUAAUGAUUUCCUCCAACCCCCGAAGAUCGGGGAUAGAGUGUAUGAGGAGAUUCCAUGAUGAUUGCUGCUGUCUGUAUAUAGAAUGUACAUAUAAAUGUCUUGAUGUCAAUGAACUAAGGAAAUGC